GGCACACGCGAGAGCCAGUCAGUCGUGUGUCAGCCUCUGUAAAGGUGCGGUACCUGCCUAUACCUCAGUGUGUAAGCGACCCUCCUUGUGGUCGUUAAGUGUCACCGUGCCAUAGUGGACCUUCGGGACUUUAGCCCUUCCUUGCUCCCUCUUUGUUGAACGACACCAUACACUGUCUGCGCCGCCGCAGUCCAUCCGCCAUGACUAUACUAAGAUUACUUCUUCCGCUCCUGGUGUGCGUGGCGGCCGCUAGGGGAGACGCUGAAGCCUUCCACAAUGGAUUUAUUCCGACCAGACAUUCAGGGUUCCUAGGAGGCAGCGGAGGUCGCAGCAUCUCUUCAGGUCCCCCUCCCCCCCGCUCGGACAACAGCCACUGCGCCCUCCUCAUCCCAGGCCCAGGGAAGACAUCAGCCAAGGCCCACGCACUGAACGUCUUCAAUGGCAUCCCGUCCCCCCACGCAGGCGACGGCUUCACGUGCAUCACCUUCCAGUCAGUGGACGCCGCCUUCAUCGCUGCCAGGGACCGCCACGGCCUUCCACGCCCAGGACGCAAGCCCAACUCCAACGACCUGUCCAACCUGGCCACGGUGCUGCUCGAGGCCACGCGGAUCAUAGCGCAGGAGUACAACCUCCCGAAGGACGUGCUUGUCAACGGCAUCCCACUCAUUGACAGCUUCAAGACCAUCGUGGGAUCCAUUUGCCCGGACUUCAUCAAGCCCUCAACUUGUACUCCCAAACGUUACCGCGAGUAUGACGGCCGCUGCAACAACUUGGAGAACCCGGCUUGGGGAUCCAGCUUCUCCUCCUUCAAGCGCCGCCUUCCUCCCGACUACGCUGACGGCAUCGACGCCCCUAGGGUUGGGGCCGGUGGGUACCCACUCCCCUCGCCGAGAAUCGUCUCCGCCCACCUGCAUCGCGACGAAGGCCUCCACGACCACGCCGUCACCAUCAUGCUCGUGGCCUGGGGACAGGCGCUCGACCACGACCUCACCUUUACCUCGGAGACGAAGGACCCCCACACCAAAAAGGAACCGAAGUGCUGCGACGGCCAGACCCACCCCGCCUGCUUCCCCAUCCAUGUGCCCGACAAGGACCCCUUCUACUCCCUCUUCAGACAGAACUGCAUCUCCCUCGUGAGGUCUCUGCCUGGCGUCCGAUACGGUUGCAAGUUCGGUCCGAGGACACAGAUCAACCAAAUCACAUCCUACAUCGACGCCAACUGGGUCUACGGAAGCAACGAGGACACAGCUAACCGCAUUCGUCUCCAUCGCGGAGGAUUGAUGAAGUCCCUGCCGGUGUUCCGCGAGUACGGCAUGAAGGACCUGUUGCCCCUGAAGCUGGAGGAGCCCGAGGAAGGAUGCAUCAGGCCCAACGACGACGUCUACUGCUUCGACGCUGGAGAUAACAGGGUCAACGAGCAGCUGGUUCUAGCCGUCGUCCACACCAUGAUGAUGCGCGAACACAACCGCAUCGCUAUCGAGCUCUACCGCUAUAACCCCCACUGGGACGACGAGACGCUGUACCAGGAAACCCGCAAGAUCGUGGCGGCCAGCAUCCAGCAUAUCACCUACAACGAAUUCCUGCCUAUGGUGCUGGGCAAAGAGGUCAUGCACAAGUACGGACUCAUCCUCGAGAAACACGGCUACUUCGACGGUUACGACCCCUCCAUCGACGCUUCUAUGUCCUCGAACUUCGUCACCGCCGCCUUUAGGUUCGGCCACUCCCUCCUGCCGUCCACCAUCGAGCGCUGGAGCCCCGCCCACAAAUACGUCGCAUCCCAGCGUCUGAGCUUCAUGUUGAGACAGCCUUACGACCUGUACAAGGGCGGAUGGUGCGACCAGUACAUCAUGGGACUCUGCAACCAGGUCGCACAAGCUAUGGACGACGCGGUCACUCAGGAGGUAACCAACCACCUGUUCCAAGAACCGGACAAGAAGUGGGGCAUGGACUUGGCUGCCAUCAACAUGCAGCGUGCCCGAGAACACGGCGUGCCCUCUUACAACGCCUUCAGGGUCUUCUGCGGGAUGCCCAAGAUCAAUCGCUUCGACGAACUCCUCGGCUGGAUGACCAACAAGACAGUGAAGCGGUACUCGGACGUCUACAGGCACCCCGACGACAUUGACCUGUGGAGCGGAGGUGUGAGCGAGCGCCCUCUGCCCGGCUCCAUGGUUGGCCCGACGUUCAGCUGCCUCAUCGGCCUCACGUUCAAGGAGCUUCGCUACGGAGACCGCUUCUGGUACGAGAACCGCGGCGGAUACGAUUCCGACUUCACGCUGGAUCAACUUGAAGAAAUCCGUAAAGUGAAGCUGUCCAGGAUCAUUUGCGACAACAGCGACGACAUCAAGACCAUGCAGGUGUACGCGAUGGUGCUGCCCGACCACGAAAUAAACCCGCGCGUCCCUUGCAACUCCGGGAUCUUGCCCAGGAUGGACCUCAGCAAAUGGCGGGACCCCCACGGCCCCCACCCCCGCGUACGUCCUGGCUUCUAAGUAGCAACUCUCCCCUAACUCCCUACCCCCCUACUCUCAGCCUCCAUCAAUGCUGCAACACCCCCAUGCUCCUUGCCCCCCAACCCCCUCCUUCGGCCUCCCACCUCUCAGAAGUCAUCGCUUAACCAGUGCCUUGCUGUCACCCUCGUCCCAAUCCGUCCACAUUACCGCCGCACCUCCUCCUUCUGCGGCAUGGAUCCUCCUUGGGCUAUGCUGUGCUAUGCCGUCGACCACUCCUUCAUGUGCUAACUCCUCGGUGGAUGGAUGGUGAUGAUGAUGAUGCCCCUCCCACGUCUCUCUCUCUCUCUCUCUCUCUCUCUCUCUCUCUCUCUCUCACUCUCUCUCUCUCUCUCUCUCUCUCUCUCUCUCUCUCUCAAAGUUUUCUUCUUCUUACACCAUGUUGCCCCCUCUCUUCCUUAUUUUCCCUCUAUUCUCCAUAUCUCUGUCAUCUCCCGUUUCACCUUCCCCUUUCAACCACGUCUCGAGACGCGCCAUCAGCAACCCUUAAGAAGGUGUUGUUGUUCUUUCAGAAAUCUCCUUCGUGUACCUCAAGUCUUCCUUCCACUUGCCAUUUCUUCUCCUCCACCGGCGUCAUACUUCAUAGUUUCAAACGGAAGGAUUGGAAAAACAAAACAAAGAGAAAAGGCUAGAGAUAGAUAGAUAGAGAUAGAGAGAGAAAAACGAAAAAAGGGCAUCUCUUAAAAGCCUUUCCAUUCCAUCCACCAAACCUGACAUCCCCGACCCACGGCUUCAUAGCAACAUUGGCAAGAGAGGGGUCUUCUACGCAAAAAUCAAUGUUUCGAUUUUAUAUUAAUUCUCUUCUCUUAAAAAAAGAAAGACUUUCUUAUGUAGAUUCUAAUGUGAUUUAUUUUCUUUAUUAUUUCCCGUUUUCUGUGAGUGUUGCCAUCUGCUUAUCCCUCUCCUUGAUUAGCAGCACUUUUUUUUUUUUUUUCUCAGAAGAUCCUAGAUGCAUGUGUAUAUUUUACCAUUUUUAUUGUAAUUAUCAUCAUAUUACUUUUUCCUGCCAGAAUAUAGUUUAUUGAUAGAGCGUUUAAAAAAAAUACCCACGUCAACUGACAUACCGGAGGCAAACGUGUAAAAAAAAAUCACGGCACCAUCUCGUAAAUGAGAUUGUAAUUAAAGUUCAGAUGAGUUGAUUAUUAUCUUCCCAUGCUGUGAAAAUCGCAUAUAAAACAAUGUAAGAAUAAAAGUGUCAUUGUAAAUAACAUCCAUUUUUUUAUGAACUGAAUGAAAUGUCAUCGAAGAAAAUGGGAAGGAUUGAUCAGUUCUUAUAAAAUCUAUAUUCCUAAGAAAUAACAUCUUGAAAAUAAACAUUAUUUAAUACUUCGUACGGAAUGGUAAAUGUGUGAGAAAACGUACUUUUAAAAUGUUUGAAUUGUGGAUUGCAUAUCGCAGACAUAGAUACAUGUGUUAAGUGUAUAUUGAAAUAAAGCAUUCCAUACUUCAGUAAUUGUAAAGAAAUUUAUAAAGAGGCAUCAUUUGCUAUGCUCUUUAAAUGUAUUUCUUACAUUUUAUUUUUAUUUUUAAUUUCGUCUGUUUGUAUUUAGACCAUUUAAUAGGUUAUCAAAUUAUUUCUAUGAACUGUCUAACAUAGUUUAUUCUGCUAUAAUUUGUAUACAUAUAUACAUAUAAAUACACAUAACUAUCAUUCCUUUCCAGAAAGUCUCUUACCGAAUUUAUCGCCUUUUUAAUUAAUGCUCUCUCUGAUUCAACAAUAAUUUAAUCCGUAUACGAACGCACAAAUUGGUUUUGGAAUUUUAAUUAUAAACUUUUUCUCCCCUCCCCCCCAUCCUCACGCACCCAAAAAUACGCGACUUCCUUUCUUUGUAAAGCUUUUGUAAAACAAACUUAAAACCAGAGGUUACUUUUGGAAACUUUGAAUACUGAAGAAGAAUCUGAAUUUGAUAAUAUGCAAAUUUUGAUAAUUUGAUAUAAAUGUGCUUCGAGUUGUGGGUGUCGAGGCUUCGAAAAGGAUAAAGAUAACCAAAAGAGAAAGUAGAAAGUAAUUAAAAGCAUAAGACCAAUAAUUGAUAAGUAUUAAUAACAAAUUCUCAUAAUAUCAUUUUCAUUAUUAUAUCGAUAUCAUACAAAGAUCUUCAUUUCAGAACUAACUAACCCUCGACAGCUACAAAUCUUAAACAAAAGUAACUUAUAUAUAUAAACCAUAUGUGUCAUGUAUGUAUAUAUAUGUAUCUUUUUACUGUAAAUGCAGGAGUUCGUGUGCGUGUGAGUCCCGCUAUACCAUACGGCCUUUUAAUGUAUAUGUGUCUUGCCUUUGUAGAUAACUCGAUUUCCUUAUGUAUGGCUUGGAAGAACGCUCAGGGUCUGCUCUUAGAAGCUGAUGAGACCCUGGGAAAAGAUCACGAUUUUUUUUUUUUUUUUUUUUUUUGAUUCAGUUCUUUUCGUGUUGUUCUCUGUGUUAUUAUUCAUUGUGUUCUGUCUAUUUUACUUUAGAUUCUGUCUGUUUGUUUUUUUGUUUUUUUUUCGUUUUCCCUCUUUUUUUCUGUUUCUGUCUGUUUGUUUGUUUGUUCUCUCUCUCUCUCUCUCUUUCUUUCUCUCUCUCUCUCUCUUUCUCU